AUGGGAGUAGGCGCCCCCUGCUGGCGGACCACGCGCACUGCCUGUGUGCGGAGAGCGGAAGUCAGACACGGCGUUAGCUCCGAAGCUAAAGCUAAAAACAUCAAAAUGUGGAAGAGGCGAAGUCUGCUGAGAGCUGCCGUGAAGGAGCGUCUGUCUGCGGCUGUGGAGGAGAUCUGCGCCCUGGUGGAGAGGAGCAUAGCAGAGUAUGAGGAGGAGCUGAGGAGGAGCAGGAAGGAUCAGGACCAGACCCAGGACCAGACCCAGGACCAGACCCGGAGGAACCAGCAGCGCGUGUCCGGGUUUGGAGGCUCCCGCAGCGGACUCAGCGCAGACGCUGAGAUCCACUGGUUCAGUCCUGAUCCCAGAGUGAAGCAGGAAACCACAGAGAGGCCACACAUCAAAGAGGAACCGUCAGAACAGCGCCUCCUACAGGAGCAAGAGGAGCUCUCAGAGGUCACCUGUGUGAAGAGGGAGGAGCUGUGUCCACAGACCACAGUCCACAGACCCAGAGAGGAGGAGACGCAGGGAGGAGCAGGAGGAGCAGUCAGCUCACAGGGACACUUCCACUCAGACACUGAGCAAAGGGACAUCUCUCCUGACACUGAGGAUGAUGAAUCCUGGGAACAUCCUUCUCCUGCUCAGACACAAGACCCCACUGCACACAACUCUCUGUUCAUCAGCUACGAGACUGUCCCAGAGGGACUGUCGGGGACCAGAGACCUGUCGGGGACCAGAGACCUGUCGGGGACCAGAGACCUGUCGGGGACCAGAGACCUGUCGGGGACCAGAGACCUGUCGGGGACCAGAGACCUUUCGGGGACCAGAGACCUGUCGGGGACCAGAGACCUGUCGGGGACCAGAGACCUGUCGGGGACCAGAGACCUGUCGGGGACCAGAGACCUGUCGGGGACCAGAGACCUGUCGGGGACCAGAGACCUGUCGGGGACCAGAGACCUGUCGGGGACCAGAGACCUGUCGGGGACCAGAGACCUGUCGGGGACCAGAGACCUGUCGGGGACCAGAGACCUGUCGGGGACCAGAGACCUGUCGGGGACCAGAGACCUGUCAAGGACCAAGCACCUGUCUGGGGCUGGACCUGGAUCCAGAGCGGACAGGAUGUUUAAGUCGCACACGGGAGAGAAGCCGUACGUCUGCCCCUUCUGUCAGAAAGCCUUCUCCCGCUCCUCCAUCCUGAACCGCCAUCUGUGCGUUCACAGCAGAGGCAAACCUCUCAGCUUCACUCACAGGGAGGACCUGGAGGCUCAUGAACGCUCCCUCCGGAGAGAGGCCCCUGGGGGUCCUGGGUUCAUGGGACCGGGACAGGGCGUGUCCUGCUGGUCUGGAGGCUUGUCCUCUGUGCAAAGUGACUCAAUGGAUUCUGAGGAGAAACCCAGUUUACAACAGGAGCGACAGUUUCACCCGAAUAUGAACCUUCACUGA